CUUACCACCACCUACGACCGGCUCGUAGUCCUUUUCUUUAUUCUACUCCAUACAUCUGCAUAUAUCUCCACACUCACCAUCUUCUACUUCUUUUCUGUCACCAUGUCUGCUUGCCAUCGUGCGGUUUCUUCGGCAGGGACGACUUUAGGGUUGCUCUUUGCACCCAAGGCAACUGUUGGCCUUGGUAUUUUAAUUCCCUUCAACUUUUCUUCUCAAGAGGAGACACGAAUCGCUUUCCCACCCACGUCACGGUCCAGAGCCAAAUUUUGUCUUAAUCCGUCUUCUCCCACUUCCACUUCCCCCUCAUAUUCUACUGCUUCCACGUGUCGUAUUUGUGCCGCCGAAACAGUGCCGUACCAAGAUAUUGGUUUGGACUGUUCGAGUUCCAAAGCAGCCUUUGUUGAUGAAGUGGCUACGACUGCUUCGAAAUGCCGCGGUGUCUUAGACGUCGGCGUUUUCCCUACGAGACUUGGAGAAGAGCCCACCCUUUCCAUUAGUGCUUCUGGCGUCAUUUACAAGCGGUACAGCGGACUGGGCCUUGGCGCCCCACCUACGAGAAAUGGAAUCCGUAUCUGCCACAGUCAUUCAGGCACUUUCCCUGGCUGGGGCGAGGACGACGCUAUGCUGGACAUGUCUCCCACUUCUCCCAUCCUUCAGCAAAUUUCUUCCCCCACAUCCAAGCCAAAACGACGCACUCAUAAACACCCAGCUGGUCUAGGUCUCGGGCAUCCUCCAUCGAGUUCCCUAUGCGCUGCUUCGCCACCACCAUCGUCAUCACAGCCAUCACCACAGCCAUCAUCAUCACCAACAUCCUUGGAGUCGGCGGGAAUAGGCAUGCUCACAUCCUCGUUUUCCAUCUCCUCUGACCUCUGUCGUCUCACUUCCCAACCUCCAUUGAAAUUACCACCGCGCCAGCCUCAGCCUCGUCCACGCGCUCGUUUCCUCUCGUCGAAAGUACCGCAUCUCACUGUUUUCAAAUUCACGAAGAGGCUACUCUAUACUAUUCCAGAGUUGUCAACCAGCUCUCUAUUUCAGGGGCAUCAGCACGUUAUUGGGAAGGAGGCAUGUGGUAAAGGAAAGGGUUCUGAGGGGAGCAUGGUCAGGUCCUUUGGGCGCACACUGUUUUAGCAAACCAAAAGAAGCGUUCAACUCAGAUGCAUAUAUAUAAACUCUACUUACGAACUACUACGAUACACAUAUUUAUAUAUUAUAUAUAGUCUCUUUUUUUCUUAGUUACUAUAGUUUACAUAUAAACGUUCAACGUUCAACGAAAGGAAACAAGUUUGGAGCUGGGCCUUUUUUUGAGACUUGACUUCGAGCCAUUUGGUAUUACUUUGUAGGCAAUAUCUCAAAUUUACGACGUUUGUGGUGGGUCUGCUGAAUCCUGCAAAGUAAUUAUGCAUCAGUCGUCACUUAAGUUGAUACAACAUUCUGGUCAUGCUUCGAGGCGG